AUGGCCGACCUUCAAGAUGAAGAGGUGCAAGAGCGCCUCAAAGCAGCCCUCUGGUACUCUAUCGGCAAGAUAGUGGACCAAGAAUCGCUGCAGCGCAACCGUAAUGCCACCCCACAGUUCAUCGGCGCUCUGACCGACAUGGUCUGGCACCAAAUCGAAACUGUUGCCACGGACCUGGAGAGCUUUGCUCAGCAUGCAGGUCGUACCACUGUGACCACGGACGACGUGCUCCUUCUGGCGCGGCGCAACCAGGACCUGUAUUCGGUCAUCAAAGAUACUAUUGACAAGGAGAGGGCGGCCAAGAUCAAGGCGAAA